GGUUGCUCCCGGUGCCCACAGUGCGCUCUGUGCUCUGUGCCGUGCUCUGUACCAGAGCUCCUGUGGAGGUCCUGCACCAUGGCGGAGAAGAUGACCGAGGCUGAGGACACGCUCGUCCGGGGACUCUCCAUGCUCGUCAGUCUGGGCAGAGUUCUGCUCCAGAAAGCCAGAGAUGAAGCUGCAGAGUCUUUGGAGGGAUUUUUGCCUUACAAAAUUACCACAAUGUUUGGCCUGAUCACCGGAGGAACUACUCUAUUGAAAAACCUCGGAGUGACGAAGAAGAGUGAGGCUGAAGAGCUCUGGAAAAAGUCAUACCAUCGGGACGCAGUGAGGGAACAAGUGGACGCCCUUCUACAGCUGGAGACUGAAUGGGACUCAUUUCUGGAACAUGUAGACCAAGGCCUGCUAACUCCUGAUGGAGUGUCACCCAUGCAGACCACCGAGACCCUGCGUCCAGACACAGCCCUCAUUGAUGCCCGCACUGCAAAAAAUGUGAGCCUGGGUGAGUUUUUGGGUCCCGGACAGAAGCAGCUGCUGGUCCUGAUUCGACAUGUGGGAUGACUACCGUGACGGGACCACGUGGCCGAGCUGGAGGCCAAGCAGGCGCUCCUCAAGGCUCGGUCAGUGCAGGUCCUGGUCAUUUCCUUCAGUGUGUUGGAGGGGGCCCAGAUUUGGUUGGAGCAGACUGGAUGCAAAUUCCCCAUGUUGCUUGACCAACAGAGAAAUCUCUACCGCACUUUUGGCCUGGUUUCUUCAUACUCUAAGGUGAUGAGGUUCGGGUGCCUGCUAACUUACUCUGAGUAUGGUGCUGUGGACCGAGACUUUCCUGAAAUGCCACCUCGUCUACUGGAGGAUCUCUAUCAGAUGGGGGGAGACUUUCUGAUUGAUGAAGCUGGAAAAGUGAUUCUGCAUCACCCAUGUAAGACCCCACUGGACCGACCAUCUGUGGAGGACAUUCUGAAGGCUGCAGACUCGACCAGCAGCUAAACUUGAAGUAUAACUGUUAGUGUACAAAACAGUGACAUGUCAGACAGAGCAGCUCUUGGCUCACUCUGAUGAAGUCAGUCCUCUCACUCAUCUCUAUGAAGAGGUUUGACUGAUGUAAACUACUGUGGUGCAAAGACAACUGCUGUUUCAUGUGUCACUGUUUUUAAACAUUUCAUAGAAUACAUAUGAGUGACUGCUCAGGCUCUUGAAGUAAAAUUAUUUGUAUUUGAGGGAAUUAUUACUAAAACUAAUUUAAAUAGACAUAUUAAUUGUACGAUUUUUUUAAUGACAUGAAGGAUGAAUUGUAAAAUGCUUGUUUUGUAGUACACUGGUUCGAUGAAAAGUGAUUUCAUUAUGGUAAUGUAAUCAUUAUUGAUUUUAUUAAAAAUCACUACUUUACUUUCUACUUGGUGUUUGUUCUUUAACAUGAGUAAUCCGUAGAAACAGAACUUUUCAGUAAAUUGCCAACAAGGGA